AUGGAACAACAAAAUGAGUCAACAGCAGUGAAUCCACCUGUCGAUGGGACGUGCCAAGUAUGUCGCGAGCAGCCAAGCAAAUACACAUGCCCACGAUGCAACAUGCGCACAUGCUCGGUUGGUUGUGUCAAACAGCACAAGCAAGACAACGACUGUUCUGGUGAACGAAGCAAGACCCAUUUCGUGAGUCGUGAUCAAUACAACUAUUCCAACAUGAUGAGUGACUAUGUCUAUUUGGAAGAUGUGUCAAGGAAGAGCGAUACCCUUUCACGUGAAAGAUUGCGAGCUGAUCGUCGAGAUCCCUGGCCGGUUGAACAAAGGAAUCGUGCUCUGGUCAAGCAAGUGCGUGCUAUGGGCGUCAAUUACAGCAUGUUGCCAUCGGGUAUGUCAAGGCACAAGAUGAACAAAACCAAUUACAGCAGCAAUUUUCAUCAAGUGUUUUGGUCGAUUGAAUGUUGCUUUUGUCAAAAGGGUCAGGUUCAAAGGAUAGUGGAGCAUUCAUUCCCAAGUGCCAAACCACUACGAGGCUUUUUUGACAAUCUAUUAUUCACUGAGACACCCCAGGGCAAAGGUGCCUAUUCUGUUAUUCGAUAUCAAGCAAAGGACUUUGUCAAUGCAGGCAUCGAGCGAUUUAUAGUGGCAUUGAAAAAGCCCGAAGGACCCAAAGACACGUUCAUUGAUUUGACACCUCAUUUGGAUCGUACCUGGAAAGACCUCUUGCGUGGUGAACGGAUCAUUGAAUUCCCAACGUUAUACAUCUGGCUGCAAGGGGAUAUGGAUAAUGACAUCAAGCUUGAGGAAAAAGUUUUUGUGGAAGGGCCGUUACCCCAUCAACAAUCAAAAUCCAAAGGACCUCGAAGGCAAAAGAAUGACAACAACAACAACCAUGAUUCGACAUCCGACCAGAUGGUGCCUUCUAUUACAACCGGCAUUGAGGAGCCCAAGAUACCUGAACAAGCUAAGCAAGAUCUCGACACGAAAGAAUCAGUAGCAGCUGUUGAACACGUCAAUCAAGAAAACGAGCUAGCUCAGCCUUUGGAUACACCAUCAUCAUCCACCGAACCUACAAUCGAAGAUAACAAGCAGCAGCAGCAGCAGCAUGAAUAUGAACAAGGAGGAAAUCAAAACAUCCAAUGA